AUGGUCACUAUUGACGCUUUCUCGAAAUACGCUUUACUGUACUUCAGUACUAACAAAAACCCACACAUUACAUUAGCUGCUCUAAAACGUACUGUGCACCUAUUUGGCGCAACGGUUCAAAUAGUACUCGAUGGAGGAAGAGAGUUCCUCGGUGAAUUUAAAGAGUACUGUGACAAUAUCGGAAUAAAUAUUAAUGCUAUUGCGCCAGGAGUCAGCCGAGCGAAUGAUCAAGUCGAAAGAGUCAUUGCAACUCUCAAGAAUACGUUAGUAAUGAUAAAAAACUACGAGACAGAGCAGUGGCACACUGCACUGGAAGAACUUCAACUAGCAAUGAACUGUACAACUCAUCGAGUCACCGGUGUCGCACUACUGACACUUGUCGCACUACUGACACUUAUCAGACAACGAAAUCACUGCGUACCACCUGAGCUUCUCAACUUGGUGGAUAUUGACAAAGAAACUGUUGAUAUUGAAGCUCUUACUCAACAAGUACAACGGAAAAUGAUCCAUUCUAGCGAACAAGACAAACAACGCUUCAAACGAAAUAAGGCCAAAACUAACCAUUCUCAAAAAGGAGAUUACGUAUUGGUUAAAAAUAAUCCCCGCAAUCAAACCUCGCUUGAUCUUAAAUUCAGCGAACCGUAUAAAAUCUGUAGAACACUAGAAAAUGACCGAUACUUGGUAAAGUUGACCAUAUCGGCGGUAAACGAAUCACCUGCUCACCGAGACCCGGCUGGAGAACCAACCGAGCCCAUUCCAUUGACCUUACAAGAAGAGCUGUAUAUUCAGCCAAACCACACCUACAUGGUGAAGAUAACUUAUAAGAAUAAAUAG